AUGGCUUACCUACCAUCCUUUAUUCUAAGCGACGAAUCCAAAGAGCGUAUGACCAAGAUCUUUAGUUUGUCUCAAACCGUGGCUCACUAUGGUUGGUUGCCAUUCGUGCUAUAUUUAGGAUGGGCUCAUACCUCUAACAGACCUAACCUAUUCAGUCUAUUGAGUCCCCUGCCAAGCGUUUAA